UUGGAUCUUUCGAUCUUUAGCCCUCCCCAAGCGGAACAUCUUGUUGUACUGUACUUGUAGUAGCAUUCAUCGAACACGACAAUGAGAUUGACUGCUCCCUGUUUUACCAUCCUUGUGAUUGCUUUGCUGUGUGGGCCUUGUGCAUGUGAUACCCGCUCCGAAAAGGACGAUGCCACCAAUUGGUUCCAUUCUGUCACCACAGAUCCACUAUUUUGGUUCAAGGCACAAUUAUCAUGGCCAAAGCCUUCCAAGGAUGUGUUCAAGUACCUUGAUGGUGUACGGUCUGUCACGUCUUUACUAGAGGGCGGGAGUCAUAACACUACCACCACACCGUUUGGAUACACUAACAUCCCACUCAAGAUUCCAAUGGCCAGUGAUUCCCACUUUCCGAUUGCCUCCAAUUCCAAGCUUUACACAACAGUUGCCAUCUAUCAGCUCCAUGAACAAGGAAAGCUAGAUGUAGAAGUGGACAUUGCCAGCAUGUUGGACAAGCAAGAUUUUGAAAACUUUGGCCUGGGAUCUUCUACUAGGCCUGGAUUGGGCCGUCAUCAUUUGUGUCCUCGCCUGGUAAACUCAUUAACACCUUGGAAGUGCGAGAAGAUCACGCUCCGUAAUCUCUUGAGCAUGUCGAGUGGAAUCUAUCCACCCCUGAAUUGUGAUGCUCCAGAUAACAGUCACAGCCACAAGCUGUGUAACCCAGAUCCAUAUUUUGUCAAUCGAGGUUCCAUUGGCAAGACUGUGGGCACAUUUAUUAUGCAACCUCUCAUGUUUCGCCCUGGAACUUCCUACCACUACUCCAACCCCAACUUUAUAUUGGCUGCCUACUUUGUGGAAAAGUACAGUGGCAUGACCUUUCGGGAAUACCUGCACAAGAACAUUUUUGGUCCGAUGGGUCUGCAACAUACAUACUAUGACUAUUUCAAUGGUGCGCUCGGUUUGGACCCCAAGCGCGUUGGUCAGUACACGCGCUACUAUGACAAUCACACCCAUGAGCUGCUCUCUGUUGGGGCCGAUGUGCUGCAGUUGGAUCUAGGUGUUGCUUCUGGCACGGGUGGUAUCAUUUCAACGGUCCAGGAUCAUGCCACUUUCUGGUACACACUUUUCAACAAAACAACCAUGGGAGCACCACUUUUGUCAAAGGAUUCGUUGCAAGCCAUAUUGACUCCCUGGACGUUUCUUGGUGAAAGACAGAUGCAAUGGCCCAAUGGAACAAAAUUUCCUGUUUGGGACUAUUACACACAAGGGACGUUUGUCGUCUGUGAUGAUGCCAAGAAUUGUGGUCCAGAUCAUCUUCGAUGGAUCAUGUACACAGGUGGCACUGAGACUGUAUUAACUGCAAAUCUACUGGACUACCGGACAAUGAAGAUGGUCCAGGUAUGGACCAGUACUCAGGUGGCCAUGACCAAUAGGAGUACCUGGAAGUCAAUCUUUGAUCGGCAAAUUGGUGUCCCAAGACAGGUUGUGUUCAGUUUGAUGGAUCUUGCCUAUAACAAUCCAAUGCAGCUUGCACUUGCAGAAAUGGGUCGAGACUAUGGGCAAGAGGUUCAGGAUGUUCUGUUCAGACUCAAAGGUUAGAAUGGGGAGAGUCGUGGUAAAGAGACUUAGUACUACUAAUUUUAUCAGCACAAAAAUUCCUGGC